AUGGGUCACCUUUCACGAAUCGAAGCUGUCAUGGAAGCAUACAAUGACAUCCUCUACCACUAUCCAGACGACGGCGAACAUCCUUUGAACAUGCCGAAGAAAAAAGUCAUUGUACAGCAAAAGGCGGAUUUCAACUUCUGGGCAAUACAUUCGGGCGUGUGUAUGCCAGAACUUAACCUUGAACACGAGUUCGAACGGGAAGCGGUAAAGGGACUUGACAACUUCAUCGAGACUGCAAAUAAACAAGAACCAAGCCCCGAUGUCACAUGGCGGGCAGACGAGCAUGUGGCCUCGCUGGCGCAAAUGCUGAGCCAGCUGGCUCACACAUUCGGCGUACUUGUACCUUCGUUGCAGAACACAGAAACGGCUUCUGGGCAGUGA